AGACCAACUCAAGGGUGUGACGGACCAUCGGUCAGGUGAGGGUGCAUCACCUGAUGGCGUGCGGGAGUAUCUCCGCCUGGAAAUAUAUCGACGACUGCAUUCGGACGGGAAUAGUUCCAUGAUUCCGUCGCAGAGAUCAACCAUGUACUCCGUAUUAAUGAUGUGGACCAAGCUCUGUCAGCGGUCAGCUGUCAGCCAUUAACCUCCCUGUCAAUGGAGGUAAUCAUUGGGGAAGCUGGAUGUCCCUGACAGAGUAACCGUCGGUUCCUGGAGCAGGCGGGGGAGUGCCUGACGUUAGCGCCCGACCCGUGAUCGCCGCUUACGUACAUCGCGCUUAUCGUCAUCCCGGAAGCUCGUCGCCGACACUGCGCCUCCUCUAUUUACUUCUCCUCGCCAUCUCCAACCCUUUCAUCCCAUCCAGCCCGCUACCCCGAGAUUUCGCCUCUUUGAAUGUAACCAGAAGCUCCAUUCAUUUAUCCGGACCGGUUACUCCCCCAACCAUGCGGGGACUCCGCCUCAUCCCCAUUAUCGCAAGUCUUGGCGCUCUCCCUCCAUCGCUGGCCCGAGACGAUCCGAGCUUGGGCUUCACGGAUAUCCAUGAGCCCGGCCGCUGUGCCAUUCGCGGGCAUUGCGGCAAAAAGUCCUUCUUCGGUGGCGAGCUCCCCUGUCCCGACAAUGGCCUGGCAAAGCAGCCCGAAACAGCGGUGAGGAAGAAGCUGGUAGACCUCUGUGGCAGCAAAUGGGAGGAAGGCCCGGUGUGCUGUGAAGAUGAGCAGAUCGAUGCCCUCUCCAGAAAUCUGAAGCUCGCUGAGGGCAUCAUCGCGUCCUGUCCCGCCUGCAAAGCGAAUUUCUUCAACAUCUUCUGCACCUUCACCUGCUCCCCAGAUCAGUCCUUGUUCGUCAACGUCACGCAGAUCGACGAGAAUAGCUCUGGAAAACAACUGGUCACCGAAAUCGAUAACGUCUGGUCGGAAGAGUUCCAGAGCGGGUUCUAUGACAGCUGCAAGAACGUCAAGAAUGGUGCUUCCGGGGGUAAGGCCAUCGAUUUCAUCGGUGGCGGUGCCAAGAAUUACUCCCAGUUCUUAAAGUUCCUGGGAGACAAGAAAUUGCUGGGAAGCCCGUUUCAGAUCAACUUCAAGACGGAGCCUGCUGGUCCGGACCCUGAGGGUAUGAAGGCGCUGCCAAUUAAGCCCAAGGCGUGCAACGACGCCGAUGAGGCCUUCCGCUGUUCUUGCGUGGACUGUCCCGACGUGUGCCCUGAGCUACCAGCCAUCAAAACAGACGAAUACUGUCAUGUGGGCCUUCUGCCAUGUCUGUCCUUCUCUGUGAUCCUCAUCUACUCGGUCUUCUUGCUGGUCGUGGUAGCUUUCUCCAGCUACUUCUCUUACCGAGAACGCCGUUACCGUAAACCGGAACGUGUCAGGUUAUUGCAGGAUCCAUCCCCGAGUGACGAUGAGGAUGAAGGUGACAUUGUCCGCGCGGGGGGCUAUAUCGAGCAGCCCAAUGGCGUGUACAAGUUGAACACCCUUCUCGACAAAAUGUUCAACCGCAUCGGCGGUGCCUGUGCUCGCGUCCCGGGCAUCACAAUUCUGACCAGCGUUAUUGUGGUCAUUCUCUUGAGUCUGGGAUGGUUUCGCUUUGCCGUGGAGACGGACCCGGUCCGCCUCUGGGUGAGCCCGACCUCAGCAGCGGCGCAAGAAAAGGCCUACUUUGAUGCCAAUUUCGGACCGUUCUACCGGGCAGAACAAGCUUUCCUCGUCAACGAUACUUCGUCCGGCGACGGGCGCGUUCUGAGCUAUGAUACCCUAAGUUGGUGGUUCGACGUGGAGUCACGGGUGCACCGGAUGAUUUCCCUGGACAGAGAACUGAUCCUCGACGACAUCUGCACGAAACCAACCGGCGAAGCUUGUGUGGUGCAGUCUUUGACGGGCUAUUUCGGAGGAUCAGUGGUCAAUCUGGACCCCGAUACCUGGGAAGCCCGCCUUAAGCACUGCGCGGAUUCGCCCGGUGACGUGAGCUGUCUCCCGGAUUUCGGACAACCCUUGCGGCCGGAGAUGAUCCUUGGAGGUUAUGAAGACUCGGGCGAUGUGCUGGAUGCCCAAGCGCUGAUUACAACCUGGGUGGUGGACAACCACCAGCAAGGGACCGAAGGUGAAGCCAAUGCCAUUGACUGGGAGGACAGCCUCAAACGCAUCCUGGAAGUGGUACAAGAGGAAGCCAAGGAGCGCGGACUCCGGGUCUCGUUCAACACCGAAGUCAGCGUCGAGCAAGAGCUGAACAAGUCCAGCAACACCGAUGCCAAGAUCGUUGUCAUUAGCUACAUCAUCAUGUUCAUCUACGCAUCCUUGGCACUGGGUUCGGUGACAGUGACCUGGAAGUCUCUGUUCACCAAUCCCGCCAAUGCCCUCGUCCAGUCCAAGUUUACCCUGGGGAUUGUCGGCAUUGUCAUUGUUCUGAUGUCAGUUUCCGCAUCGGUUGGGCUGUUCUCUGCGGCAGGGAUCAAGGUCACCCUGAUCAUUGCUGAAGUCAUCCCAUUCCUGGUUCUCGCCGUGGGUGUCGACAACAUCUUCCUGAUUGUCCACGAGUUCGAACGAAUCAACGUUAGCCACCCAGACGAAGAGAUCGAUGAGCGGAUCGCUCGUGCCGUGGGCCGAAUCGGCCCCAGUAUCUUCCUCUCCGCAACCACGGAGACUAUCGCUUUCGCCAUGGGCGUUUUUGUCGGAAUGCCUGCGGUGAAGAACUUUGCAGUCUAUGCUGCCGGUGCGGUCUUUAUCAACGGUGUUCUGCAGAUUACCAUGUUUAUCUCUGUUCUGGCUUUGAACCAGAAGCGUGUGGAGAGCCUCCGUGCGGAUUGCAUUCCGUGCCUGACGGUCCGCAAAGCGCAUUCCGGCAUGUCCGACGAUCAGCUUCUCGACGACCAGGAGGGAGAAAGCGCCUUGCAAGCAUUUAUUCGCAAGGUCUACGCAUCUUCACUUCUUGGACGCCGGGUCAAGGUUCUAGUGGUGAUUACGUUCCUGGGCCUUCUGACAGCUGGCCUGGCUUUGAUUCCAAAGGUGGCGCUCGGGCUGGACCAACGCAUCGCGGUGCCGAGCGACUCGUACCUCAUUCAGUACUUUGAGGACUUGAAUGCCUACUUCGGAACUGGGCCCCCGGUCUAUUUUGUGACCCGGAACGUGAAUGUCACUGAACGGCACCACCAGCAACAGCUUUGCGGACGCUUUACUACCUGCGAGGAAUUCUCUCUACCCUUUGUGCUCGAGCAAGAGUCCAAACGAUCCAACGUCUCCUAUAUUGCGGGAUCCACCGCCAGCUGGAUUGAUGACUUUUUCUACUGGCUCAACCCCCAGCAGGACUGCUGCAAGGAAAAUGAUGAGAUCUGCUUCGAGGACCGGACGCCUGCCUGGAACAUCUCGUUGUACGGAAUGCCAGAAGGAGACGAGUUCAUCCACUACGUCGAAAAGUGGCUGGAAUCCCCUACGGACGCUUCCUGCCCCCUGGGAGGCAAGGCGCCGUACAGCAACGCGCUCGUUAUCGACCCGAAACGUACGAUCACCAACGCCAGCCAUUUCCGAACCUCCCACACCCCUCUUAGGACGCAAGAUGACUUCAUCAAGUCGUACAUUUCGGCCCGCCGGAUCGCCGAUGGCAUCUCCAAGGAGCACGGAAUCGAUGUAUUUCCGUAUUCCAAAACCUACAUAUUUUUUGAUCAGUAUGUCUCUAUCAUCCAGCUGACGGGGACAUUGCUGGGCUUUGCCGUCGCGAUCAUCUUCGCUCUAACAUCCACGCUCCUUGGGUCUGUGGCGACUGGCGCGGUGGUCACUACGACGGUCGUGAUGAUUUUGGUCGAUAUCAUGGGCGCCAUGGCUGUAGCCGGCGUGUCGCUCAAUGCUGUUUCCCUCGUGAACCUCAUUAUCUGUGUGGGUAUCGCGGUCGAGUUUUGCGCGCAUAUUGCUCGUGCAUUCAUGUUCCCAUCCCGAGCUAUCCUCGAGAGGGUGCCGACCAAGUUUCGGGGCAAAGACGCGCGGGCGUGGACGGCUUUGGUAAAUGUCGGAGGCAGUGUCUUUAGUGGCAUUACCGUGACGAAGCUGCUGGGAGUAUGCGUGCUGGCCUUUACUCGGAGCAAGAUCUUCGAAAUCUAUUACUUCCGAGUGUGGUUGGCUUUGAUUGUGUUUGCUGCCACCCAUGCUCUGAUCUUCUUGCCGGUGGCACUCAGCUACUUUGGCGGCGAGGGCUAUGCCGACCCUGGGGCUGAUGGUGGCCUUGAAGAGAACCUGGCAUCCAGGGGCUACCGUUCCCUGCUGGGCGACGACGAUUAUUACGACUCUGACGAAUACUAGACGUCCAUUGCGCCGGAACGCACCGUCUUAUACAGCAAGAAAUGAUAUCACGUCUUAUGGGGCGUUGAUCACACGCCACUAUCAACGGAUGCGACCUAUAACAGGAUCCGUUAAGUGAGGCUGUACACCAGAUUAUAUUUUAUUCUAUGUUAUACAAGAUGGCCGGAGUUACCAUGGUUGGAAAGGAGUUAGGUCAAUGAACUAUUGGUUAUUCCAUCACGCGACGUCGCAUGUAUCUGCCCUGGUAAAAAGCGUGACCCGUCACACGCGGGCCAACUUUGUUCCGGCCGGGAACUUAACA